AUGGACUGCAAACUUGCCAUCAGCUCCAUGUCCCUGGGGCGGUGCUUUGCCGGCCACAGCUUCGAGCACAAGCUCGACAUGGCGCGCAAGUAUGGCUAUCUCGGCAUCGAGGUCUUUUACGAGGACCUGGUCGACGUCGCCCACACGCUCGACACGAACGCCACCAACAACGCCGGUGACGCCGCCACCCCGUCGGCCGAGAGCCACCUGGCGGCCGCCCGCUGGAUCCGGGCGCAGUGCCAACAGCGGGGCCUGGCCGUCAUCAGCCUGCAGCCGUUUAUGCACUACGAGGGCCUGCGGGACCGGGCGGAGCACACACGGCGGAUCGAGGAGUGGCGGCUGUGGCUGGGCAUGGCACAGGCGCUGGGCACGGACCUGGUCCUCGUGCCGUCGACGUUUUUGCCGGCGGACCAGCUGCUGGCGGGCGGUGCCGUCCAAGGCCGCGCGGCCGACCUGGCGGAGCUGGCCGACCUGGCGGCGGCCGUGCACAUUCGCGUCUGCUACGAGAGCCUCUGCUGGGGCACGUACGCGCGCACGUGGGAGGACAGCUGGGCGGUCGUGGACGCGGCCAACCGCCGCAACCUGGGUCUGUGCUUGGACACCUUCAACAUCGCGGGUGCCAUCUACGCGGAUCCUGCGGCGCCGAGCGGCAAGGCCGUCGACGCCGAGGCCGCCGUCGCUGCGUCCAUGGCCCGUCUGCGGGCGACCGUGCCCCGCGAGCGUGUCUUUCUCGUGCAGCUCGUCGACGCCGAGCGGCUGGAUGCACCGCUUGGGCCGGGCCAUGUCCUGUACAACGCCGAGCAGCCGUCGCGCAUGACCUGGUCGCGCAACUGCCGGCUGUUUUACGGCGAGGAGAAGGCGUACCUGCCGGUACUGCAGAUUGCGCGGACAAUCUUCCAUGGCCUUGGCUACAGCCACGACUGGGUCAGCCUGGAGCUGUUCAACCGGUGUAUGUCAGACACGGGAGCGGGCGUGCCGGAGGCGCUGGCACGGCGGGGUGUUCUGUCCUGGCAGCGUCUGCAGCGGGACCUGGCGGCGAGCAGCGCGGCAGACGUGGCAUCGAGCGAGACGCCCAAGAUCUCGGCGUCAUUUCGUGUUCCAUUCUCCGUUUUCCACCACCACCUAUUUGCCCUUCACUUUCAAGUGCUUCGCACAGAACUCAAUGGCCGCCGUGUAGCCGUACGCGCCCAAGCCGGCAAUCACGGCCGUUGCCUUGUCGUGGAAGUAGCUGUGGUGCCGCCAGGCCUCGCGCGCGUGCACCUGGCUCACGUGCAGCUCGACGAACGGGAUGCUGACGCCCAGCAGCGCGUCCCGGAUGACGACGCUCGUGUGCGUGAAGCCGCCCGGGUUGAUGAUGAUGGCGUCGACGCGUUUGUGCUCCGCGUGGCCCGCGACGGGCGUCGUCACCAAAUGACCGAAGCCGCCGGCCUCUUGGAUGCGGUCGACAAUGGCACCCUCGUGGUUGGACUGGAAGACCUCGAGCUCGACGCCCAGAUCCUGGGCCUGGGCCUGGGCGGCGACCACGACGUCGUUCAAGGUCGUGGUGCCGUAGAUCUCGGGCUCGCGGGUGCCGAGCAUGUUGAGGUUGGCGCCGUUGAUGAGGAGGAUGCGGCGGGCCAUGGUGGUGGUGGUGGUGGUGGAACGAACGAUUGUCGACCUCGAUGCUCAUGCCCCCUCAUCUCCCGAUACCCGUACUCAAGCCCAUGA